AUGCAGCUGACUGCUAGGAUCGCCAGGCCUGCUGCCUGUGUUCCUGCUCCGCCAUCUCAUGAGAAGGCAAAAGCUUGCACCUUCCUGAGGCAUCACAUUCACCUAGACCUGAAGAUGGAGUAUCUGGAGAUGAAAGACCCUCUGGUGCUGUGGUUGAAGCUUCAGGAGCCUUUUGGCAAGCAGAAGACGGUGCUCCUCCCACAAGCUAGGCAUGAUUGGGCCCAACUUCGUUUUGUCGACUUCAAGACCGUCGAGGCAUAUAACUCUGCGAUGCACCAUGUCAUGGCUCAGCUUCGCUUAUGUGGCCAAGUUGUCACUGAGCUCGAGAUGAUUGAGAAGUCUCUUGAGACUUUCCACCCCACCAACAUGGUACUCCAGCAGCAGUAUCGUAAUAACAAGUACAUAAAGUACUAUGAUCUCAUCAACGUGUUGCUUACUGCUAAGGCUCAUAAUGAGCUAUUGAUGAAGAACUUCAACAUGCGUCCUGCUGGAACACAGAAACAAGGGCGCAGAGCAUCAUGGUCAUCAGGGGUCAAAAGGGGGAAGUUUAAGAAGCAUAUGAACGGAGGCCAGAAGUCCAAUGGCAAUGGCAAAGGCAAGUCUCUGCAGGGCUCCAAAGGCAAUGCAAAUGGGGCGAAGCACUCAAAUGAGGAUUGUUUUCGCUGUGGAUCAAAGAAACAUUGGUCCUGCACCAGCACUGCUGAACCACACUUGAUUGGGCUAUAUCGAGAGUGGAAGAAACGCCAAAACCCGGAGGCACACUUUGUCCAAGCGGCUAUAGAUGCCAAUACAGGAUUACACCUCCUGGAGCCAUCGGUUCCUCCUAAGCAGAUUGAUACAGCAGCUAUGGAUGUCGAUCCUAGUGCUGUGAGCGAUGCCACCGCUGGAGAGGAAGAUACCCAAAUGGGCAAUGAUGACUACGACCUUGAGGAUGAGGAUCUCCUUGAUCUGUAG